UUCUCUCCCCUUCCAGCUACAUGCAUAAGUUCCCACACUUAUUUAUCAUUUAGUCCACCACAUACAGCCACUAACCAGGACCAUCACAUGCACCAUUUUGUCCACUACACACUUCCCCCUCCUAUCUUAGCCUCUAUCCACUUUUUUCUCUUUACCUCAUUCCCCGGCGCGCUACCUUUUACUUUUCAGACCAAGCCAUGCACUCAGCCGGAGCCAGGCGCUACACAGGUUUGGCCAUUGCAUGCACCACGCUACACUAGAGGCAUUACUAACGAGCGUGUAGGGGCGGGUGAUGAGGGCCUUAUCAUUCGAAACACGCUUCAUAUACGAAUCAUCUCCCUAGUUUUUUCCCCUUUUUACUCCCACCAUCAUCGCCGCUUUUCCCCUAGCUUUCCCCUAAGUCUCCCCGCUUUUAUCUCCAGGUUCGUAUAUGACCAACCAAUAGACCUCGCCCCCUGAUGAGAAGUCUUGGUUGGCGUUAUAUGCCUUUAGUUCUACAUUUCGCAGAGCUCUUUGAAAUGACCUACACACUUUUGUCUUAUUGGUUUAUUUUGUUAUGUCCAUUUUGCAUAUACAUGCCGGUUGUUUUCUUCGUGCCUUUGCCUUUUCCCCUUAUCUCUUACCACCGAUUAUCGCUUCAUCUGGGGAAAACUAUCCUUCCUGUCUUGUUAACGUUUCAGCGUCAUCUCCACUCUCACCGCGCUCCCUUUGUCGCCUCCAGCGCCCCUACUUCAUCUUCUUCUCGCCGUUUUACUAGCAUCAUUUUCCAUUGUCCGCAAUACCCCCUUUCACCGCUACAGUAUUUUUUAUCUUUUCUCGGCGUUUCCGCAACACUCAUUCGGUCUCUGUUAUUGUUUAAUUUCGCCUGUCAGUCAUACCAUUUACACACUUCAUUAGAUACAUACCUCCACACAUACCUCACCCUCCCCAUUACCGCUCACCAUUUCCUCCCUACAAUCCAAACACUUUUCUUUCUCUUAUCCUACACAUUACCUUCCCACCCUACACACAACACACUUUCUCAAAAACACUACACAGUCUUUUCACAAUAUCCCUGCUUAUCAUUCUGUUCACACUCACAUUAUCCCCCUUUAUCAGAUUUUACUAAUGCCGCCAUCACCUCUUCGCAUCCGCUGCACGACGCUCGCCACAAGCUUCCGAUUUUGGCUGUUUCAAUCUCCACAUAAUACCAUAUUUACUAACUACCUUCUCCACUAAACAAAAAAAACCCUUUAUUCAUAGCUCUCGUGUCGUUUUAUUAUCAACCCCAUCUCUUAUAACAACCUUAACCCGUCGUCUCAUAACCCAUAAUCUUAACCACCAGAACAUAACCUGACAGUAUAACUUCUCCGUUUGUUACAAUCAUUUGAGAUUUGUUUUACAUUCUUUUCUGUAGAAUGAUUUUGUUCCGAUACACAACUUCAGGCUGGUUUCCGCUUUGUGAAUUGCUUCACUAACAAUUUAUUCAUCGGAUCAUGCACGAGGACACUCGAGUUAUAGCAGGCAGUUGUCUCCGUUCCUGUGGCGCGUACGACCUCAUUAUGAGUGGGGGAGAUCUGUUAGAUCUGUUUUGCAUUCUUUUCUGGAGAAUGAUUUUGUUCUUAUACACAACUUCAAGCUAGUUUCUGCUUUGUGAAUUGCUUCACUAACAGUUUACUCAUCGGGUCAGACACGAGGUCGCUCGGGUUUAAACAAGCAGUUGUCUCCGUUCCUAUAACACGUACGACCUCAUUUAACACUCUAACCUUUUGCCAUCGCUGUUAGAGCCCUUUUUCUUUCAUGUUACUCCAUCAAUACACAUAUUUCCCGUGCAGAUUCGCAUCAUUUACGUGAACUUAUCUCUUUCAUGGUAACGCAUCGGCUUGUGUCAAAGAGUUCGUUCUUUCUAAAUUUGGUCGCAUAAUUAAAGCCGCAUUGUCAGCAGUUCCGCAUGCGCAGUCGAGGCUACCGUUGAGUAAUUAGCAUAACAAUCGAAGUGUGUGCGUUGGACCAGAACAAUGAAUAAACCCAUCAAAACACUCAAUGCGUGAGGUCUUGAGAGGUUACGGCGCCGGCUGUUUUCCCGCGUUAUUUCGUAGGUUUUUAAAAUAAGACGGAAUUAUUGAACUAAAAAGAGGUUGGCUUAGAAAAUGGAGGAAAGCAUAGAGGAGGAGAUCGAAAGAAGGACUUCUGAUGGACAAAGCGUACAGGCACGUACAUCUUGUAAUUGCAAGAGCACUUGCUCUCGCAAGCGUGUUGAGGACGGAGCGAGAGCUCGAGGUUGCCCAUGUAAAGGCGCAAAUAAACACUGCAACUCCUCUUGUAAGUGCGGUACACGAUCAAAGCCGUGCCAAAAUAAGGUAAGCAAUUAUUAUUUACUAAAACACACGACGAAAGUUUUGCUAUUUUCCUCCCCUGGAAUUGUUGUUCGAAAAGUUAAGGAGAGUAGACAGCUUCGCUUGUGACCUUUCGAUACUUUGCAAGGCCACGCUUCUUACAAAAAUACACUUUUAUCUUGGCUGGAUUCCAACGUCGGUGAUCAAAAUAGAAAGCACAAUACUCCAAUACAUACCAUAUUCAUUCCAUUGACUUAUUUACUCUUUUAAUUUUGUCGGAAGAUAUUGAAAAUUCUAAAACCAUACGUUACCCCUGUGUUUCAUACGGAAGCCCAUAGGGGCCAUGUCAGAUGCAAGACGUCAGAUGCAAGCAAGAUGUCAGAAGCAAGAUGUUAGAUGCAAGAUGUUAGAUGCAAGAUGUCAGAUGCAAGAUAUUAGAUGUCCGAUGCAAGAUGUCAGGUGCAAGAUGACAUCAGAUAAAAGCACGUGUCGUGUUGGUCAGCGGUACGGAAGCCCAUAGGGGCCAUGUCAGAUGCAAGAUAUUAUCACAUGUAAGAUGCAAGAUGUCAGAUGCAAGAUGUCAGAUGCAAGAUGUCAGAUGCAAGAUGUCAGAUGCAAGAUGUCAGAUGCACGAUGUCAGAUGCACGAUGUCAGAUGCAAGAUGUCAGAUGCAAGAUGUCAGAUAUGAUAUGUGUACGAACACGUGGAUCAUUUGGAGCCUUCCCUAGAAGAGUCAUUGCCAUGUCGUAUUAUCUGCCAGCAUUUGCUAAUGAACAGGGACUUUCCCGAAAUGAUCUUGUUAAGAAGUACUUUCAUUUAGGUUUUGAAUACAAGGAAAUGUUAGCUCUAUUGUAUGUCCAUCAUGGCGAGACCCUGAGCCUCCGACAUUUGAAACGACUUCUACGUAAGAUGAACCUUAAGAGGAGGGAAGGGGUACCUGACCUCGCAACAGUCAUAGGCAUGAUAGAGAAUGAGCUAUUCGGAAGUGGAAACUGCAUUGGUUACAGACAAAUGCACCAGAGACUGCGAAAUGAUUACCAUCUACAAAUUAAUAGUUUCAGAGAAACUGUACGGAUUGCGUUGAGAACGCUUGACCCAGAAGGUACAGAACGCAGGAAAUCUCACAGACUGUUAAGACGGACCUACCGCUCGCAAGGUCCGAACUACUCUUGGCAUAUAGAUGGGUACGAUAAGCUGAAGCCGUUUGGAUUUUGCAUCCAUGGUUGCAUUGACGGGUACUCCAGACGAAUUAUGUGGUUGAGGGUGGCAUCAUCUAACAACGACCCCGCUAUAGUGGCCGACUACUUCGCUGGUUGCAUUAGAAUGAUUAAAGGAGUGCCGAGGCGCAUUAGAGCUGAUAAUGGAACAGAAAAUGUUAACAUUGAGGUGAUGCAAGUAUUCCUUCAUUUUGGUCUGAAUGACGAAGCAGCAGUUAGCAAUUUUCAGUACGGAACAUCGGUUGCAAAUCAGCAGAUCGAAGCUUGGUGGUCUCAGUUAAGAAAAAGUAAUUCAGAUUUCUGGAUAACCUAUUUCAAGGACUUGAGGGAUAAGGGCCUUUUUGAUGAUAACGACUUGGUGCAGUGCUCUAGCCUCAAGUUCUGUUACCAGGGUUUAAUUCAAGAUGAGUUAGACAAAGUUGUAAAGCAUUGGAACACUCACAGAAUAAGACCUUAUCACAAUCAGGAAACCCCACCCGGAAGGCCGGAUGUAUUGUACAAUCUUCCAUCACUCCAAGGUACACAAGAUUACAAAAGUUGCAUUGACUUGGAUGAUGCCACUUUUAUAGCAGAAAAGUUGUGCAAGAAGCCAAACGCAUUUGGGUGCACAGAGGAAUUCUCUGAUAUGUUCAAGAUGCUCAUGGAAGAGCACAAUUUACAAAUGCCGAAUGAUGUCGUUGAAGCUGAAGAUUUGUACGUAAUCUUAUACAUUUAACGGAAGCUUCGUUAUAAACUUGUCGUUAGACAAACAUCGCUCGACAUCUUAGGGAACGUUAGAUAUAUCAGUCAGACAAACAGGAACAGGUCAUGAAGAUGGAUGAUAUUUAAUCCUACCUUUUAGCGUGAAAUGUAAGAUGGUACUAAUAACACCCUUGCAUUUCGCGAUACUAUUAAGGAAAAGUGGGUUUUCAUAAGACCUGGGGCACACAUUUUUUUUUGGUGGGGGAGGGGGCGCAGCUAUUACACAACAUGUCGUUUUAUCAUUGCAAAACUGUAUGAGUUAUUUUCACCCGCUCGAUAAUUUGUCAUUGUCAUCUUAAUCGAGGUUAUACACCUCGGGUAUUCCUUGUUUUUGAGCGCAGAUGCCUAUUUUCCUUGAUAUGUGAAAAAAAGGGGUUUUACAAAAAACUACGUUGACGUGCUUCUCCGCUACAGCCCUGGAAUCCGUUGUUCAGCGUCAAGGGGGCUGCACCACCAUAAUUAAAGACGUGCAUGUCAUGAGGAUUUCGAAAACCUUAGAAGAAAAGCGAAAAUUGUUUUUCAAGGAAAAAUCAGAGAUGUGUGUGUGUGGGUGUGGGGGAGGGGGGGCAAGAAUGUUUAAUAACCGGGUACCAAUAUGAUGUAUGAAAUUUUUAUUAAAAAAAGUAACGAUGUAAAGCUCGCACAUAAGCUUCUCUUUUGUCAGUAACACCCACUGUUUUGUUUUUAAGUCAUACGAUACACGUAGCUAUUUGACAUGUGCGUAGCUAUUUCAAUGAACGGCAGAGGCAUUCAUAACUGUAACAAAUAUAUAUAACAAAUCC